AGAUACUGAAAGCUAAAGAGAAGAGCAGUAAACACAAAACCAGACACGGCGACCAACCGAACGGAAGUUGUCCCCCUGGAUAGCGAGGUUGGAAAUUCACCAUCGAGUGAAUGUGCAUGGCAAGGGAAAAAAUUCUUGAAUGAAGACACUUACUGUCAUUUGUUAAAAGAAGAAUACGGUCGCAUUCUAUAUGAACGUGACUUUGCGAAAAGAAAUCUAACAGUUGUAAAUUACCGGCUUACUGGAGAGCUACAGAAAGAGAGACAUGAAAAGAGCUUUGCUGUGGCAGCCACGGAUCAGCAAAACACCAUGGAACAUAUUCCCGAAGAACCGAUCCAGUCUAGCCCCCGACUGAGCUCGAAAUACUCGAAAAUACCAUUGGAUCAUCGUAGUAGAGGGGAGGACGGCAUGAGAGUCCAUCCUCGUCUUAACGGGUAUGCACAUCACCAAGACAUCGUUAGCCAAGACAGUAACUCUAAAGACGAAGACAAACAGGGAGAUGAAGCAGCCAAUAAUUACACGAGUAGUUCUAAUGACGAUGACAAUUGUGGUGGUGGUGACGAUGAUAUUGAUUAUGAUUAUGAUGUCAUUAGAAAUAGCGAAGAAAGCAGUGAGAACAAAGAUGAUGACGGAGUUAAUGACGAUGACAAUGAUGAGAACUGUGGUGAAAACUGUGAAAUUGAAUAUCUUAAUAAUCAUAAGGGGAGCAAUAGUUACGAUGGUGGAAAAAACUUUGCCAGCAACAAUGGCGUUUCUGCUAAAAGUUGCACAAUUCAAUCCACUCUACGUCCAAAAGAAGACGAAACAUUUGUGGAGUCAGAUGAAACUGAUGAGUCUCUAACUGAAGAGUUAAACGUCAGCUUGCGAUUUGACUCACAGUGCAGCAUUGAUGAAGACACGGGCAACUCUAGUGCUGAGAACAAUGAUGGAUUCCUAGCCAACAGCAAUAGUAUCAACAGCAAUAAUGAUAGUUCUUGUGGAAAUUCCAACACCAGAAAUGACAAGAAGAAAGCUAAAGAACUGCAAAAGACUAACAGCUUUGAAGUUGGAAACAAUGCCGAGCUUUCAGCGGAAAGAGAUGGUGAAGCUACAAGUGAAGGAGCAAGACCAAAGAUACUUCUGCAGAAUCCAAUGAUUUUUAACACAUUUGAAACAAACAACCAUGAUGGGAAGAUACCAUCCUUGGAGACAACUGGUAUUAAUCAAAACUUUCUCGCCCGGCACUCAACAGAUCCGAGUCUUCCACAGAGCUCGUUUGUAGAAAGUUAUGACAUGCGAGCCAGCGAUAAGCACUCAGACGAUUGGACUCAGCACUCUAUAAGCAGUAAUAGCAGCUCCUCCUCACUUUGGAGCCUCCCCCGCUCACCGGCUCCAGAAAGAGGCGGGUUGAUGCCAGAGAAUGUAUAUUUCAGGGCGGCGAGUCCACGGUACAGAGAUCCAAUGCCAGUGAACUACCAGCCUGUGACACAAAUGAGGGGGCAGCUCCCCAGUACUGGUGGCUUCAGCCGAGGCGUUUACUCGCUUCACUGGAAUGAAAACUUGCCAAGUAUCAAACAUCAAACGAGCUUUUCAAGUUUUGAAGACUUUUCUGCAGGAAAUGAGACUCAGACAGCAUCACCUUCACUUGGAGUCAGACCAUUGGCGCCCGCCGUGAGAUAUCCAGCCGUUACCGCACCAAAUUUUCCGACUACCACUUGGCAAUUCUCUUCAAGCACGACUUCAGGAAGUGCAGCCUCAGUUACUUCCACUUAUGAUGUGUUAAGCAGCUAUGAACAAGAACGCGUAGGGGACUUCAACAGGUACAGGUCCUCCUAUGAAGAUACCCAAGCAAAGAGAGAUACCCAGGCAAAUAGUGGUUUGACUUCAUCCGAAAUGGUUUAUGCAGAGAGACGAGAGGAAAGCUUGAGGAGCCAUGGCCUAUUCAAUAAUCAACAGGAGGGUUCAUUUGCUUCAUUAUCUCUUAGGGACCCUUCACUGGUUUCUCUAGAACAACAAGUGGCUGAAAUCGAUAGAAUUCUUAAAGAGCGAGAAGAACGAACCAAAAAGCAGAGAGAGGUGGCACAAAGACAUAUGGAUACAAGAGAAAAAAGGCAAAGAGAGGCAAGAGAAAGGAAAGAGAGAGAAGAAAGGGAAAGGAGAGAACAAGAAGAGAGAGAAAGGAGGGAGAGGGAACAGAGAGAAAGGAGGGAGAGGGAACAGAGAGAAAGGAGGGAGAGGGAACAGAGAGAAAGGAGGGAGAGGGAACAGAGAGAAAUGAGAGAAAGAGAAGAGAGAGAAAUGAGAGAAAGAGAGGAAAGAGAAAAUAGAGAGAGAAUGGAAAGAGAAUUGGAAGAACGAAGAGAAAGGGAUACAACAGUAAGAGAAAACAGGACCACAGAGGAGAGCCUUCCACUUCAGGAGACUCCACUAUGGCAGUGCGAGCAUUACCAGCGGAGAUGUAGUGUCAAGUUUCCAUGUUGCGGAGUGUUUUAUCCGUGCCACCGCUGUCACAAUUUAUCGGGGACAUGCCCUACUGAUGAUAAAAAGGCACAUCAUGCGACGCAUGUCAAGUGCGGAAAUUGCGGACGAGAAGAAGAGAUAAAUGAAGAAAGUCAAACCUGCAGACGCUGUGGCGUAAAAUUGUCAGAAUAUUUCUGCCCAAAAUGUAAGCAUUUUACAGGUGUUGACAAGAACCCUUUCCACUGCGAGAAGUGUGAAAUCUGCCGUAUUUACAAGGACAGAUCAUUUCACUGCGACGUGUGCAAUGUUUGCCUGGACAAGCGACUGGAGGGAAAACACAAAUGUCGGCCGAACUCAGGACAUGAUGAGUGUUGCAUCUGCUUGGAGGACGCUUUCAGCGGUUGUCAAAUCCUACCAUGCUCACACAAGGUUCACAAGGAGUGUGCCAUUGCAAUGAUACAGAAUGGCGUACGUAAUUGCCCAAUAUGCCGGCACCCUUUGUAUGGUCAGCUCCCGCAGUAACUUCUCAGACUCAGGAAACAGAGGAUUCAAGCCAAGAUGUUUCUAAGUUAGACCAUCCUAGUAUCAUGAGAGCUUCACUGGUACUAUCUCGUCUGACAAUUAUACGUGCAUAUUUACCAGAGAGAGAAGAAUUCUUGAAGACGAUUAGGAUGCCUCAGUAAAGAUAUUGCUUGACGUGGUUAGUAACAAAAAAGGAGAAAACUGUUAUAAAAGCGAUAGUUAUUUCAAAUUAAUUGUGAUAAGUCCUCAUACAUUUAUAAUAAGUAUAUUUUAAUAUUAUUUACAAGUAUAGUUUUAUACUUUUUAUUAGUAUAUUUUUAUAUUUUUUAUUAGUAUAUUUUUAUAUUAAUUAGGUUCGCAAAUGGUCGAGACCAAUACCGCAUUCACACCAAAGCUGAAACAUGUUUUAUGGCUGUCUUGUUAAAAAAAUAGAUUGUUUUCUUCACAAGAAGAAGGUUCCGUUUCUGAUUUUCAUUGAGUUAAACUCGGUUAACUACACGUUUUUCUGGUGUGAAUGGGAUAUAACUAUAUAGCUCGCUGACAGAGGCUAAAGAACAGGUUCUUAUGUAACAAGUAAGUUUGUUAUAACGUUCUUCAGACGAGACUGAGGGUAUGACCGGCGCACCAGCGAUAAAUUUAGGGCGAGUUUAAUUCUUGACGACCCGAUCGAACUCUUCUACUUUUUCGUCAUUGCCAUUGGUUUCUAAAUUAAGUAUUACAAAUAUAAUACAUUAAGAACGGAACAACUAUACAAGAUUGGAAAUAACAUAGGAAUAACAUAGGAAAUACGACACACUCGAUAAAAGGGAUAUUUACCAAACGAUUUGGGAAUACGGCUGGCAUAAGAACGUACCCGUUAUUACUUGUCAACUUUUCAUUUGUAUGAUCCGCGCGAAGGUCAAACUCGUAUAGAUACCCGCGCGGAUUGGGGCUAGGCUGAGGAUUAGUUUCUAAAGAGGGCUUGAUUUAAACUGUUAUCAAGUGAUUUCUUUUAUUCAUGAACAAACGAUGUUACAUUUUUUAGAUAGUAGUAGCAUCCUACAAGAUAAAUAUUGAAAAGUA